GACCACCCAUAAAAUAAUGCAACGGUUAGGUGAGGAGAUCCUUUACCAACCACCCCCACCCCAACACCCCCAGGGAAGUGCUCAACUUCAACUGCCGACUCCUUCAACCUCGUCUCCGCUUGCUUCUUUUUGAUUAACGAUUGAAAAAAAAGUUGUGAGUUGAGCAGAUGUCUUUGCCUUCUUCCACUUCCAUAGAACAACCACAACCCCGUGUCCAUGAUGUCGAUGUCAUCACCUGCAAAGCAGCCGCGGUGGCAUGGGGAGCUGGACAGCCUUUGGUGAUAGAGCAAGUGAAUGUGAGUCCACCUCAGCCAAUGGAGAUAAGGAUCAAAGUUGUAUGCACCUCUCUCUGUCGCAGCGACCUCUCUGCCUGGGAGUCUCAGACUAUCUUUCCUCGGAUAUUUGGUCACGAAGCAACAGGGAUUGUCGAGAGUGUUGGCGAGGGGGUGACUGAAUUUACUCAAGGGGACCAUGUGCUAACAGUGUUCAUUGGAGAAUGCGGGAAAUGCAGGCAAUGUGCAUCAGGUAAAACCAACAUUUGUCAACUCCUGGGGCUCGAAAGGAGAGGAUUAAUGCACUGCGAUCAGAGGACACGCUUCUCUAUAAAUGCCACUGGGGAACCCGUUUACCAUUAUUGUGCAGUUUCAAGUUUUAGUGAAUAUACUGUGGUGCACUCAGGAUGUGCUGUCAAAAUCAGCUCACUUGUGCCUCUGGAGAAAGUAUGCCUUCUCAGUUGUGGAGUAGCUGCAGGCUUGGGUGCAGCUUGGAAUGUUGCUGAUAUAUCUGAUGGAUCAAGUGUGGUGAUAUUCGGUCUUGGGACAGUAGGCCUUUCCGUUGCACAAGGUGCAAACCUUAGGGGAGCAUCUCAAAUAAUUGGUGUUGAUACUAAUCCUGAAAAGGGUGAAAAAGCCAAAGCUUUUGGAAUUACAGAAUUUAUCAACCCAAAUGACAGCAAAGAACCUAUUCAACAGGUUAUUAAGCAUUUGACAGGCGGAGGAGCAGAUUACUCAUUUGAAUGUAUAGGUGACACUGGCAUGGUAACUACUGCAUUGCAGGCAUGUCGUGAUUUCUAUUCAUUCCACUUGGCCUCUCUUUUAUCUGGCGUUUGCUUGAAGGGAUGGGGUUUGACAGUUACACUUGGUGUGCCAAAAGUGAAGCCCGAAAUAACAGCUCAUUAUGGAGCAUUUCUUACUGGGAGAACAUUGAAGGGAUCGCUAUUUGGAGGAUGGAAACCUAAAUCUGAUCUCCCUUCCUUAGUAGAAAUGUACACGAAAAAGGAAAUCCAAGUUGAUGAGUACAUAACACAUAACCUGCCAUUUGAAGAUGUGAACAAAGCUUUCAAUCUCAUGCUAGAAGGCAAGUGUUUGCGUUGUGUCAUCCACAUGGAAAACUAGUUUUCCCUUGUUUUGUCACCUUGGUCCUUGGUAGAACAAGAGCACAAAUUGCCUUGCUACGUCCUACAUGCGAGAUUUGAUUGUUCGAUCCUUGUUGCGAUCAAGUUUUAUCUACUCGUGGAGGAUUACUGUCCCUUCCCUCGGAAGUUGGAAGGCUAACUCGAGUAACUGUAACUGUAAUUCCUUCCUCCCCCAGCUGGUUAAACAUUAUUGUAAACUGUUCACUGCUGCAAUAUUUACGGACAUAAAGAACGCAAUCAAUAUGCAUGUAUCCAAUUGGUGUGACAUAAAGACAUUAUUUAUUUAUUA